CCAAAGAAACACAUAUUAACAUAUCUCUCCUCAGCGGAACCUUCCCGAAUGUUAGUAUUUAAACCCACCCAACCUUCCAUCUGAUUCCCUAAGCUUCGAUUGCGUUCCCAAUCAAUAUACCGUGAAAGAAAAUGAGGGGUAGGAGCUAUAGUUACAGCCCUUCGCCGCCUAGGGGUUACGGCAGGCGACGCCGUAGCCCUAGCCCGAGAGGUCGCUAUGGAGGUCGUGGUAGGGAUCUUCCCACCAGUCUCUUGGUCCGCAAUCUUCGCCAUGACUGCAGGACUGAGGAUUUACGCGGGCCAUUUGGGCGAUUUGGCCCCCUUAAGGACAUAUACUUGCCUAGGGAUUAUUAUACUGGGGAGCCACGUGGCUUUGGAUUUGUUCAGUUUGUAGACCCUGCUGAUGCCGCUGAUGCUAAAUACCAUAUGGAUGGUCAAAUUCUCCUCGGACGGGAAUUGACGGUUGUAUUUGCUGAGGAGAACAGAAAGAAACCCUCGGAAAUGAGGGCAAGAGAUCGUGUUAGGGGUCGGUCAUAUGAUAACAGGCGAUCCCGCUCUCGCUAUUCACGAUCACCGUGCUAUGCUCGAACAUAUUCUCGAAGUCCUGAUUAUUAUUCACCUUCCCACAGGCCAAGGCGAUACUCUAGGUCAAUUUCACCUAGAGAUAGAAGGUACCAGGACGAAUCACGCUCAAGGUCUCCCUAUGGUUCAAGAAGCCGUAGCCGCAGUCGAAGCCUGGACUACUCUCAGUAGAGCGGAAGAUAAUAGAGGUAUGCCUAAUCAGGAGCUAGAGAUCUAUCUAUGUUAGAAGUUGGGAUAUUAAUAAAUGGUAAUUAGCGAUGGUAACCAUGGAUUUCACAUCGACAUUAAAAGAAGGGGCUGCCUUGGUAUCCUACUCUAGGUUUCUUUGUUCCGUCAUUUGGCUGAAUGCCCGUUGUAACAUGAUGAACUCAUUUUCGAAACUAGCUGUUGUGUUGAAAUGAUUUGGUUUUGUGUAAUAGAGCUUUUAGUAACCA